AUGGACCAGAGUAAACUUCCGACAAAGCCGAUCAAAGUAGAAACGAUGGAAGAAGUCAUUAGAAACGCCAACGAAAACGAGAUUGUCGCAGUCUUCUUUGAGGAGAAAAAGGAUCUGACGAUGAGAACUAUUUUACUCGAUCACGCAGGAUACAAGAACAUUCAAUUUCGCCGGCUAAAUUUGAAAGAGGCGUCGACAAAAGAAUUCAUCAAGAAGAUUUAUGGAACAGCAGCUGAUGAUGAACCCUUUUGCAUGAUUUGGAAGAACGGAGAAAUCGCUGAGAUCAUUCGUUAUCCUGGAUUUGCUAAACGAGCGUUUAUUCGCAAGAAACUUCGAAGUUAUGAUAUCGAAGCGCCUGAGUAUGUUCUUUUGGACAAUGAAAUAGAGGCUGAAAAGCGACUCAAGCCUCAGAAUGCGGUUAAUACAGAUGUCGUUGACCACACGAAACUAUAUCAUCAAGAUUUUGAGUCUGCACUUUUUCAAAUGCUCAAAAGGGAAAUGUUUGCUGUCGAAACUUUCAACGAGGAUGAAUCCACAACACUGAAGAGCUUUUUAAAUUAUCUAAACAAGUACUACCCUGCACGGCCUUUGAUCAAAGCAUUCUUGACAAGAUUCGAAGAUGACAUCAACCAGUUCAAAGGAAAGCUCGACCAGCAAAUGUACAAACAUUUCAUCAGACGAGCAGACGGUUCCGUGGGAGCAUACCUUCCAGCGAAGGAACGAUAUGUCGGUUGCGCAGACGGAGUUCUGUACCUUAACAACCUCCACAACGCUGUCAACGAGCGAAUCCGCGGUAGCAAGACUGAUGAUCCGCUCUUUCCAAAGAAAUUUUGGCCGUCUGAAGGCAUGACUGACGAUGAAAUUCUUGCACAUUUGAUUCAGUUUUAUUCGAAAGAAAAUCUAUCCUCUGAUUUUGUGCUUGCAACAACACAGGAUGAAGCUAUCGCCUUGCAUUACAAAGAUGGAGCGUGGAAAGAUGAGCUUUGA